GCGCCAUUUUACACUUGACGCGAAGUACCUACAGAAGAAAAAAUAUCUCUUGGACACCGUUGACAAACCAAACCUGAAAAAAAUACAACUGUGACAUUAAAUUUUGUUACUAUUUUUAUUUAUAAAAACGAAACCCAAACAAAUUAAAUAUAAACGCAUGACGUUACUUAUGUAUACAAUUUUUAGAUUUUAUAAAUACAACUGAAUAAAGACAGAAUUUGAAAAUAUAAUGGAGGAGAAACAACUAUACGGAGCUUUAACGGUUUACCGUGAACGUGGCGCAUAUCUGCGUCGUUUGGAACAAUUUGAGAAAGCAAAAGCAUCUUACGAUGAGGCUUUCAAUAGUUCACCUGAGGACGUCCGUAUGCUCACAGGCAGAAGUCAAGUUUGUGCUGAUGCUGUGAAACCAGUACAGGCCUACGCUGACGCAGAGAUCGCCUUGAAGUUGGAGCCGGGCAACAUGAAUGCUAGAAACAUGCAAGCACGAGCUAUGUAUACCAUGUCAGACUUUGAAAGAUCAGUUGUAAUGAAUUUCAGAGGAGCGCGUGUUCGACAGCAACCACCUUACUUCAUGGAAGGAAUUAAUCAGGGCGUCGAAACUAUACAAGACUGUAUUGGAGUUAAUAGUGGUAACGUUAUGCUAGAGUUUUUACCAAUCAUUAAGCAAGUAGAAGCAGCUCUCCCAAUCGGAGACGAACCUGUUAAACCAAAACACAUCUCUCGUAUUCCUCAACCAGAACGUAAGCGCAAACUCACGCAAAUGGAAGCUAGAAAAGAUUUGACCUUAGCCCGUGUACUUGCCAUGAAGUAUCUGGGACCUAUGGCGUAUGAUAAAUUUUUCCUGCAACAUCUAACUAGUGAUCCAAGGUUGCAAUCUGCAAACUCUGGAGGAAGUAAAGAAUUAAAACUUAUUGUAGAUGAAGCAUUACGGUCACUUUGUGAACGCCAAGGUAUGUUACGAGCACAACGGCCAUACUAUACUAUUAAAUUGGCAGAGAAAGCUGAAUCAAAAUAUCAGAAUAAAUAUAAGGAGGCGGUAUUAAUUAAAGAGCGAGAGAUUGGUACGCGAACUGCUGAACGACUAGUCAGACAGAUUGAGAAGAGCUUACGCCAGAAUCGUAUUAUGGAUGUUAUGACACAGGCAGAACAGAUGCAAAUGUUUCUUGAUGGGAAAGUUCCCAGAACUUUGCCAGACAAAGAACUAUAUACUGAUCGUCUGUACAGAGCUGUGGGAGAAGGUUACCUUGCACAGCAUCGUCUUUCGUAUACCCUCAGUGAACGAGGUAAUCGUCGUCGUAUCGCUUUCCUCAUGGGUCUACCUGUUGGACGUCCUAAGUCUUUCGAUUCGGUCAUGGCGAACUAUCCUUACAAAUUCAUAGAUAUAAAGCAAGCAACCGAAAAAGUGGCAGCCACUUUAGAAAUGUGCGAGAAUUCUACUAUGAAAUGUUGGCUAAUGUAUGAAUUAGCACGGCUAUUGUGUACGCAGAAGAACUAUGCAUUGGCUAAAUUUUAUGCGAAACGAUGCCAGCGUGAAGCUCAAGAAAUCGGCAAUGUCCCGUGGUGGUUAAAUGGGUUGUUUGUCCUAAUGAGUGGCGACAUGCAACAAAAUAACUCGAAUGAGGUUCGGAUUCAAGUAGAAGAAGCAUAUGAGUACGCCAAAAAACUACAGGACCCUGAACAAGUGCAAGCUUUCUUACUCAAGUGUGGUGAAAUGGCUGCAGCACCAGUGUUGGCUGAUGAAAGAAAAGCAAUAGUACAAAGGGAGAGACAAAUAUUAGCAGUUAUGGAUGAGGCGCAACGUGUUGAAAGUUCUGUCUUAUUCAAACGCAUGUCGACGGUGCCUCCCGGUCGUAGAUUCUCUGUACUGCCGAGGAAAGACACUGGACAAACACGUGCAGAGCGAAAGCAUCGGCGACAAAAAGGUUUGUCAGUCAUCCCUGGCCCUGAGCGUGUUUUACCACCGCCUCCAAAAUCAAGUACUCUUGGAUUCCAGGUUUUUGACAUUUAAAUCGAUUGUUCAUGCCUUGACGUUGCAAGUAAAAAAUACGUUUUUAUCCA